AUGGCAGAAGAGGCGACCAGACCUAGAAGCGGACUUCAACCCGAAGUGGCACAGCGGCACGAGCGUCGGCACGCCGGAUCCAAGGAGUCCUUACAGUUUGGCGCCCGCCCAGCGCAUACCGCACCCCGAGCAGCGCCCACAGAGCGGCCCAGCAGCGCCCAACAAGCGCCCAGUGAGCGGCGUCAGUGCACCACCAGCGGCACCCACCCAGCGCUCCCACCAGGAGCACGCACAGCGCGGCCACCGCGCCCUCAGCAGCGUCACCCGCGCCGCCAGCCGCGUUAUCAGCAGCGCAGACCCAGCAGCGUCCCGCGCCGUGCAGUGCCACCCACGUGGCCAUCAGGUGCCCACAGAGCGCCACCAGCAGCGCCAACAACAGCGCCGGACACGUGGUCACCAGCCACACAACGAGCGUCACCAGGAGCGCGCAACGAGCGGGCCCGCGCCCUUAGCAGCGUUCAGCGCCCAUCGGGCGGCGUCAUUUGCACCACCAGCAGCACCCACCGAGUGCCUACCGAGUGCCCACCGAGCGCCACCAGCAGCGCCCACAGCAGCGCCCAUCAGCAGCGCCCAGCCGCGCCCUCAGCAGCGCCAACCGCACCAACCGCGCCGGAUACGUGGUCACUAGCCACGCUACGAGCGCCACCAGGACCGCGCAACGAGCGGCCACCGCGCCCUCAGCAACGUCCAUCGCGCCGCCAGCAGCGCCGUCCACGGGGCAACGGGAGCGCCAGCCGCAACCACAUCGGUCCGCCACUGCCGCACGUCAGCAGUACCUGCCGUGCGCCCCUGGUAGCGCCCAGCGCCCAGUCACGUCACUAG